AUGAGAAAGGUGAGGCGCAAACACGCUGUCAGUCAAUUGGUCCCCGACAGGGAGAAUCGUGGCAAAGAUCAGCGUGUAUGCAACCAAGAUGCAGUUCAAUUCACCAUCGUUGAAUUCCAGAACCUCUUUGAUACCAGCCAGGCUAAACAUGACCAUGAAACUCUAGAAGGCGUCGAGGAAAUUGACGAUACAGGCGACUGUGACGACUCCCCAAGCCACCGAGGGCUUGUUGCGGUUGCCAUAUGGCGGUAG